CUUCCAAUGUCUUGGCUUGGCUUUUAACAGUAUACUGCAACAUCAUUUUCUAUCUGUCUUUCUUUGCCUCCCCCUCCACAGGGGCACAACCAUCUGUCUAAGAGUUGAAAAAACCAUCUGUCUAAUACACAUUCUCAACAAAAUUCAAGAAUUCACACCACCCCAUUUUCAUUUUUGAGAACCUUCAAAUCCCAAUAUAAAACUUUUUUUGAUUCUGUCCAGAACUUGAAGAAACCAAAGAACAACCUUUUAAAAAAAAAAAAAACAGUUCUUUUAGUUAACUAAUAUAUAUAUAUAUAUAUUCUUGGUUGGUUUUCAUUUUUGGUUUUGCCACCAAAAAUGAAGCCAAGACCAACACUUAUAGUUUCAAUAGCUUUCUUUGUGUUUUUCUCAUUGAAUUCGUUAUCUACCGUGGAGUCAGAUCUAGCUUCUGAGAAGGCAGCUUUGGUAACUCUACGUGAUGCAGUUGGAGGCAGAUCACUUUUGUGGAACCUGUCAGAGAAUCCAUGUCAAUGGGUGGGAGUGUUUUGUGACCAAAAGAACAGUACGGUUGUUGAGUUAAGGUUACCGGCCAUGGGAUUUUCAGGGCGGCUGCCUGUUGCACUUGGAAAUUUAACAAGUUUGCAAACACUGUCUUUGAGGUUCAAUGCACUUUCAGGGCGAAUUCCAGCUGAUAUAGGCGAUAUUAUUUCUCUACGUAAUCUUUAUUUGCAAGGGAACUUCUUUUCUGGGGAGAUUCCUGAAUUCUUGUUCAAGUUACAGAACUUGGUAAGGUUAAACUUGGCUAAUAAUAACUUCUCUGGUGUGAUCUCUCCAAGUUUUAAUAACUUGACUAGGUUGGAUACUUUGUAUUUGGAGGGGAAUCAGCUUACUGGUUCCAUUCCUGACUUGAAUUUGCCACUUGAUCAAUUCAAUGUUUCUUUUAACAAUUUGACUGGUCGUAUUCCUCAGAAGUUGUCUAAUAAGCCUGCAAGUGCUUUUCAAGGGACCUUGCUUUGUGGGGGACCUUUGGUUUCUUGCAAUGGUACUUCAAAUGGUGGUGAUAAGUUGUCUGGUGGAGCAAUUGCUGGGAUUGUUAUUGGAUGUGUAAUUGGAUUUUUGUUAAUUUUAUUGAUCUUGAUCUUCUUGUGUCGACGAAAGAGAGACAAAAAAGAAGUAGGGUCUAAAGAUGUUGAGCAGCCAAGGGAAAGAGAAGUUGAGAUCCCCGGUGAGAAGGCGGCAGGGGGGAGUGGUAAUGUGAGUGCAGGGCAAACUGGGGCGGUAGUGAAAAGUGAAGCUAAGAGUAGUGGGACUAAGAAUUUGGUGUUCUUUGGGAACGCGGUGAGGGCAUUUGAUUUGGAGGACUUGUUGAAAGCUUCCGCAGAGGUUUUGGGGAAGGGAACGUUUGGUACUGCCUAUAAGGCCACUUUGGAUGUGGGGUUGGUGGUGGCUGUGAAGAGGCUGAAGGAAGUAACGGUACCGGAGAAGGAAUUUAGAGAGAAGAUUGAACGGGUUGGAAAUAUGAAUCAUGAGAAUUUGGUUCCAUUGAGGGCUUAUUAUUACAGCCGGGAUGAAAAGCUUCUUGUUCAUGAUUACAUGCCCAUGGGAAGCUUAUCUGCCCUUUUGCAUGGAAAUAAAGGUUCUGGCAGGACUCCAUUGAAUUGGGAGACAAGGUCUGGCAUUGCUCUUGGAGCUGCCAGAGGGAUUGCAUACAUCCACUCUCAGGGCCCUGCAAACUCUCAUGGAAACAUCAAGUCAUCAAAUAUCCUCCUCACCACUUCGUUUGAAGCCCGUGUCUCUGACUUCGGCCUUGCACACCUAGCAGGUCCUACCCCCACUCCCAACCGCAUCGAUGGCUAUCGUGCACCAGAAGUGACGGAUGCUCGUAAAGUAUCCCAAAAAGCUGAUGUCUACAGUUUUGGUAUAUUGCUGUUGGAAUUGCUCACAGGAAAGGCUCCAACACAUACGCAAUUGAAUGAUGAGGGUGUAGACCUUCCAAGAUGGGUCCAAUCUGUUGUCAGAGAAGAAUGGUCUGCUGAGGUGUUUGAUCCUGAGCUUCUUCGAUACCAGACUGUAGAGGAGGAUAUGGUUCAGCUCCUACAGCUUGCAAGCGAUUGCACUGCUCAAUAUCCUGAUAACCGCCCUUCAAUGUCCGAGGUGAGAAGCCGAAUGGAGGACCUUUGUCGUUCUAGCUCACAAGAACAUGACAUUAUCGAUGACAAGUCCUCUUAACAUACUUAUUGGGUUGAUUCAGAUGCACCACCAUCUUCUUAAAUGACAAAAGAAAUCAUAAAUCUCUCCAUGUUUCCCGGUUUUCAUACAUUGUUUAAUGCAGUGCUUCAUUUGUUUGUUUAUUCUUGGGUUCAUCUUGUUUGUGAACUCCUUUCCCAUUUCCUUCUGUUCAUUUUUCCUUUACCUGUUUUCGUAGCUGCAGUUUACUUCUGCAUUUUGUUUUACCUUUGAUGCUGUAUUUUAUAGGAGAACUCCAACAGUAUUAUUCUUACUUGGCUGUGUGAAAGUGUGAAUAACCAGCAAAUUAUUUCAGUUGAGUA